AUGGUUCUAAAAAUCCCUCUCCGGAGAUCGGUUAGUCUCAGUCCUGAACAUCAACUGUCUGUGGGUCCAACAGAAAUGACAGGACUGACUGCAAUAAAAAUGGAAGCCAAUAUCUUAGUUCUUGGUGCAGAUGGUGUUGGAAAAUCAGCAUUAACAGUGCGCUUUUUAACCAGACGAUUCAUUGGUGAAUAUGGAGAGCUUGAAUCUAUUUAUAGCCAUAACGUCUCUGUGGAUGGAAAGGAAGUGAUCUUUAAUAUUUGGGAUUUCCCGUAUUCAAGGGAACCAACAGAUGAUAGUUGUGCAGAGGAGGAAAAACGUAUACAGUGGGCUGAUGGUUUUGUGUUGGUAUAUAGCAUCUGUGAUAGAGCAAGUUUCAAUAUCAUCUGUCAAACAAUUCAGCUGAUCAAAGCAUCUAAAGACUAUUUGGGUUCGGAGAAACUUCCUAUUGUAAUUGUAGGCAACAAACGUGACCUGCACCACUUGCGCACUGUAUCCAGUGAAGAGGGAAGACUCCUAGCCCUUUCUAUGGACUGCGAUUUCUAUGAGGUGUCAGCAGCUGAAGCCUAUCACGGUGUCCUCAUGGUGUUUCAUGGCUUAGUUGACAAGAUUAAAGAGUGCAAGCUGGUUACUAAGAAAGGAACAGGAAUACGAGGUAUUGUAAAGAGCAUGUCAGCUGUGUUUGCCAGGAGAAGAACAGACUCUCUCUAAUACCUGAAAUAUUUGGCAGUUGAUAAUUGAGACAUCCCAUGAAUCUAACAUCUGGGAUGUGUGACUUCUUGUUUUUUUCUUAUAUAAUGUUCUGCGCAUGGAAUGGACUUUUCUUACUGUACAAUCCAACGCUUAUUUGGAGAGUCUGCA